AUGGCAAAACCACCACCAUUUCACUUUUUAUUUCUUGUAAUAAUAUUAUUACAUUUUUCAAUUUUAAACCAUGUUAAAGCAACAUGGUGUGUAGCAAGAAGUGAUGCAAGUGAACAAUCUUUACAAAAUGCUUUAGAUUAUGCUUGUUUUUAUGGUGCUGAUUGUGCACCAAUUUUAGAAAAUGGUCUUUGUUAUCUUCCUAAUACUAUUCAAGCUCAUGCUUCUUAUGCAUUUAAUGGAUUUUAUCAAAGAAUGAACAGAGCACCUGGUUCUUGUGACUUUGCUGGCACUGCUACCAUUGCUAAAACUGAUCCAAGUUAUGGAUCUUGUGUUUAUCCAGCAUCUCCAAGCAUUGCUGGUGGCUCUACUACUACUACUCCGAGCACCCCCGGUGGUGGUACGGGAGGGACAACCACCACGACACCAAUUCGAUAUCCACCACCACCACCGGGGACUGCACUUCCUUUGAAUAGUAACGGAGGAACGACACCGCACAGUGGACCGGGGAUUCCAGACUCAGAGACAUCUAAUGCUUCUAACAAGUAUUCAAAUUUGGUUCAUGUUGCAUUUUUUAUGCUUCUAUUACUUCAUGUUUUUCAAUUAUUGUAG